GGGGCUUGUUCUUAGCAGAUCAGCCUGCCAUUUUAACCGGGGGUGUGUUGUGAGCGCCGAGCGAAGAGCAGAGGCUUGACACGGGAGCGGUGUGUGUGGGAUGGGAGCAGAGAGAGGAGAAGAGAAGGAGCGUCCUGCCUGCAGUCCUGCCACAGCCGAGCGGAGCAGCAGCAGCAUCGAACACUGAGGAACCCGAGCCAGCCCGAGCCUCCUGGAUCACACACACACACACACACACACACACACAUAUACACACACACACACACACACACCUGAGGGCCGCAGAGGAUUACAAAGCAGGGGACAGUCUGACAGCCCCGGAACAACUUAUUUGUAAAAAUCUAAAGAAGAGUAUCCUGCAGCGCUUUUCUCCAAACUUCAACGCACAGCUCAGCUUCUGCAAGUGCACUUAGACCCUGCAGCCUUCUGACAGGAGCGGCCAGUCCGUGUCCUCAUGCUAGAAUAUCAUUCAUUAUCAGACAGAUAUUUCUGCGGAGCAGUGAUGGACAUUGGUUUGGUGAAGAACGCAUCCGCGGUGCGUGCGUGAGCCUCUCUGUCAGCACCUCUGACCUUUUUGUGGAUUUCUCUGAAAUCUUUGGACUCGAUUCUUUGAUUAUUUUGAUUUUUUUUUUUUUUUAAUUCAAACGAGAUCAGCUGGACUUCGCUGCUCCGGUCAGAAUUUACUGGAAGAGCUUUUUUUUUCACCUGCAUCCAACAUGCAACCCAUCCCAUCCAGACUCAGCUAUCUGUUUCUACACCUAUUUGCAUUCUGCUACUACACUCAGGUAACCAAUCAGUCCCCGCCUAAUUUCACGCAGCAUGUAAGCGAGCAGAGCAAAGUGACGGACCGCGUGAGCCGCAGGUUGAUCCGGAUCUACCAGCUGUACAGCCGGACCAGCGGCAAGCACGUUCAGGUCCUGCCCAACAAGAAGAUCAACGCCAUGGCCGACGAUGGAGACGUGCACGCCAAACUCAUCGUGGAGACGGACACAUUCGGGAGCCGAGUGCGCAUCAAGGGGGCUGAGACGGGCUUCUACAUCUGCAUGAACAAGAGGGGGAAGCUCAUCGGCAAGAAAAAUGGACAAGGCCGCGACUGUAUCUUCACUGAGAUCGUCCUGGAGAACAACUACACAGCGCUGAGGAACGCCCGCUACGAGGGCUGGUACAUGGCCUUCACCCGCCGUGGGCGGCCACGGAAAGGCUCGCGGACGCGCCAGCACCAGCGCGAGGUCCAUUUCAUGAAGAGGUUGCCGAAGGGACAGCAGCCCGCCCACCCGAGCCACCACCGGCCUUUCGACUUCAUCCACUACCCCUUCAGUCAAAGGACUAAACGCACACGGUACUCGUCAGAGCGCUGAGGAGGAGGAGGAAGAUAGAAAAGACAGAGAGAAAGAAGAGAAACUGACAGACUGACUGACUGAACAGCAGCCGACAUACUCCUCUGCUCUCCACACAAAACCUCUAGAGACAUUUUUAUACUGAGCAUUACUAUAUCUUAAUAUGUAGUUCGUUUUCUAUUUUUCUCAAAGUAAAAAAAAAAUCUGUACAUAGGCAAAAAAUGUGAGAAAUCUAUUUUUGUAAUCCAGACUUUUAGUACUGACCUGUGUUAAAAAAACAAAAACAAAAAAAAAGAAAAAAGAAAAAAAGAAAAGUUUGUUUUUAGAUGCACAUAACUCAUUGUCUGACUUAUCGGGGAUAUCUUAGUAGAGUGCGUUGUGUUGUUUUUUUUAUGUAAUUUUGACCAGUUGAGUCAUUUUUUGGACUCUCGCCUGCUGCUCAAGGAGACUUGAAGGGCCCUGAUUAACCGCACUGCCAGGGAACGCUGCGUUCAGAGAGACAUACUGUCACACACUGCGUUGGAGAGCGCCGGGGUCAGUGAACGUUGCAUAAGCGUGCGGUGAUGACGGUAAAGACGCUGCGUCCUGACUGGGCUCGUUCUCUAUCUUUCUCACACAGUUGAAAGCAAACUGAGCUUUAACAGUGUCCGAUGGAACAAUGUGGCAGCUACAUUUGAUAAUCACAGGUUUCCUGUUCUGACUGUAAUGUUGACGUGUACAAAAUGCAUUGAAGUGUAAGGAACCCCCUCGACACGCCCACGACCCCCCCACGUCUACUUGUGUUCUUGUCGUCCCCUGAAUGUGUGUUUUUAUACAUAUAUAAAUAUAUUUUUAUUUGAGGAUGUGUAAAAUAAUUUUAAGGAUGGAAUAUUUAUUUAAAAUGUGUAAUAAAUGUACAUUAGAAUACUGAUAUUAAACUCUUGUUUGGUA